AUGAAUUGGUUGAGUAGCAAGGAACAAAAUGGAGGUGGAAUUUUUGUUGAUGCAAUCAAUUCAAUGAUAGAAAUUAAUGAGAGUUAAAUUAUAAAUGCCUCAGCAAACAUCAAUGGUGGGUUUAUUAAUAUGAAUUUGGGAAGUUCAAUAAAUAUUUUUUCCACUAAUAUUACUUUCAUCAGAGCUUUUAAUAAGGGAUCGUUAAUUUAUACCAAUUAGGUAAUUGAAUCAAUUUAUUUGAAUGAAAAUUAAAUUCAAUGUGAGUAGCCAGAUACUGAAUAUGAUGAUGAUACUAAUUUGCAAAAGUCAAUUUAUAAAUAUGGUGGAACUAUUUAUGCUAUGAAUUCAAACUUUAUUUGCUCUAGGCUAAACACUUAUUAAAAUUGCCAUAAUAGAAACUAAGGUGGAAUGUUCUAUCUAUAAAAUUCAAGCUUAGUUGAGUAUAAUUCUACCUACAUAAACUUUUCAUCAGUUUAAGGUGGAGUAUUUUAUGCUAUUGAUUCAGAAUUAUAAAUCAAUAAGACUUUAUUUUAAAAUAUAAAAGCAUUUGAUGGUGGCCUAAUAUAUGUUGAGAAGAGCAGUAAUAUAACUUUAGACAGUAUUGAAACUUAAAAUUCGAUUGCUUUAAAUGAUGGGGGACUUAUAUAUGCAAUUGGUAGAGAUGAAUCUAGUUCAUGUAUCAUUAAAUUGAUCAAUUUCAAUUAUUUCAAUUAGAGCAUUGCAUAUUAAAAUGGUGGGUGUUUCCAUUUUAAUCACUCAUUGCUUUUAUUUUAGAACAAUUAGCCAAUAUUGAUUGAUAACAGCAGGGCUUUAAAUACUAUGUUUGCUAUUAAGGGGGCAUUUUUACUUUAAUAAAUUCAAGUUUUUCAGAUGUCUAAUCAAAUUACAUGUACAAUAGUGCAAUUAAAGGGGGAGUGA